UGCAGCUCAGAGACAGCAGUUGGAGGCCCGAGAGGAAUACCUCAUAAAUCUAUGACCCAUGCUAGUUUUUCACCCUGGUGAGAAAGAGGGAGGACAGAGAAGAGAAGAGGAGGGAGAGGACUAGGACCAUGAGAACUCCAAAGAACACAGACACAAGUGUCUUCUAUCAAAACAGGGAAUCAAAUGGGGGCUGAAGAUCCAAGGAGAAAACUGAAGGUUCAUCGGCCAUGCAUCAAAUCGUUUAUGGAGGUAUAGAGGAGCGGCAGUGAGGAAUUAACAUGGAUCAUUUGAACAAACCAAAGGAUCUGUACUAAGGUGUCUAUAUGCAGGUAGAAGACUAGAGACUAGAGACUCUCCCUUGAAAUUUCAGCAACUGAAGUCUUUCUCGGGCACUGCAGGAGUUUGCUCUCAGAGAUUUUGAACAUAGUUUGUCAAGUUGAAGGACAGUGUCCUGACUCACUGUGCCACCCUGAUGUUGGAGAAAUAUGGGAUCAUGGCUGCAUGGAGGACCUUAAUUUUAGGGAUAAGCACUACAAGACACAGGCAGCUCCGUAAUCUCUGAAGCUGCUAGCCUUUCAUCUAGCAUCAUCAUCAUCUUACUUACAUCUUCUCUGUGGAUUAAUACAGUUGUUGUCAUCCCUGCUCUUCUAUCUAUUGCCCAUUAAUGCUAUUUCUUGGAUUUAUCUCCAACAAUUUACAGGUUUUAGCAAAAUUUCAUAAAGGAGUGACUCUUUACAAUCAGCUGCCGUCUUCAAUCUGUGCUUCACAUCACAGCAUGAAAUGUUUAUACGGACUUUAAAACCUUUUCUAAUUUAAUGGAGGAGCCAACUGUCAUAUACAGUAGCGUUGUGUAAAUUGGCUCUUAAACAUUAGGGCCUGACCUCUGACCUUUCAUCUGUGAACCUGCAAUGAACUGCACUCCUAAUGCCACCAUUACUCCACAGCUGGAACUUGUCCUGAGCCCAGGGGCUGUAGAUGGUGGGUCCCAGGAGAGUGGUGGUGGUGGUGGUGGCGGAGGCAGUGGGGGCCUUUGGGUGACAUCUCUGCUUGGUGCCACACUGAUGAUCAUGUGCGCCAUGGGUGUGGCAGGCAACACGUACACACUCAUCGUUACGCGUUCAGCCGCUUUGCGCCGGACAGGUUCCAUGUACGUUUACAUCAUCAAUUUGGCUCUGGCUGACCUGCUCUACCUCGCCACCAUCCCCUUCGUGGUCUGCACCUACUUUGCCCAUGACUGGCUGUUUGGUGAGGCUGGUUGUCGCAUCCUGCUGAGUCUCGACCUCCUCACCAUGCAUGCCAGUGUCUUCAUUUUGGUUGCCAUGAGCCUGGAACGCUACCGUGCCGUGGCUAGACCCUUCAGCGCGCACAGGUCCUCGUCCCGCAAACGAAAGCUAGCGGCAGGGAUUAUCUGGGGGUUAGCUUUCGUGCUAACGCUUCCCAUGAUGGUGAUGAUCCGACUCAGGGAGGGCAAACCAACUGCGGCUGGUUUGGUUAAGAGGAUCUGCUUCCCUACCUGGACCCCUGAGGCCUUCAAGGCUUAUAUCACCGUCCUGUUUCUUACAAGUGUUUUAGUUCCUGGAUUGGUAAUCCUCGGGCUAUAUGUGGGGCUAGCCAGGCGCUACUGGGCAGCGCAGGCUAGCUUACAAGGUAGCGGCCGGUCUGCCCGGAGGAGAGGACUCAAACAAAAAGUCGUAUCAAUGAUCUUUAGCAUUGUAUUGGCCUACUGGGCUUGUUUCUUGCCUUUCUGGGGAUGGCAGCUAGCCAAACUGUUCUCUCCGGAGUCCCUCAAAGCUUUGUCUCCAGCUGCUCAUAAUUAUCUGAAUUUCUUUGUCACAUGUCUGACCUAUGGAAACAGCUGUAUCAAUCCAUUUCUUUACACCCUUCUGACCCGGAACUAUAAAGAUUACUUGGCCCAGAAAGGUCAGUCUGUGGGUUCAAGCAGGGCUGACCCUGGGUCGGCUGUGACUGUGCCACUGCAGGACCUUUAGUGGAUGAAUAAAGGAUUAAUGAGCAUAGACACUGGAGCGGGAAAAUGUUAUUGACCCCUCAUCAGCCUGAGCGAGGAUAUUUUCGUUCUAGUAAUUUUGUUCAAAGCUGGAAAAUGUCACAGUUGACAGUGAGAUGCUUAAUCUGAAGUAGCACUGUCUACAAACUUUGUAAAUGCUACACACAUUUGUGGUGUGAUGCUACACAUUUCCAGCUCUGUUGAGAAGAGUAACCAGAGCUGUUAAGGAUUCAGAGGAAUUCAGCAUAGCAGGUGGAUGUUUGCUAACAUGAAAUUCUGACUGCAAGUCUUCAGGUUGGAGGGCAAAUGGCUUUUGUGUUCUUUAUUAUAUAAUCUCACUCUUCCAACAUGAACAAAUUCUGCCUGUCUAACGAUCUCCAAUUCUGCCACCUUGACAUUGACAAUAUCAUUCUGACAAAUACACAUUUGAUAGGAUAUUUAAGCCACUGAUAUCUGGGUUAACAUGUGAGUUAUUUUCCAAAUUAAAUAGGUUUGAAUUACAUUGAAAAAUUUUCAAAAUGAUAUUUUCAGUAGUUCUGAAAAUAUUUUGGAAGAAAUACUAUUCACAAGAAUUCAUUAUAGCAAUCAAAUACUUUGCAAUUGCUGUAGUAGUUGGAUAAUGAACUCAGAUGUAAAGAACUGCUUCAAUUUUUCCUUUACUCUCCUAUUUGCCUUCCACUUUACACACACAAACACACACACGUAAAGGAUAUUUCAUCUCCUUCCAGGGAAUGUGGUUGCAUUGUGCCACAUUCCUCAGCCUCGGGCCAUGGCUUCUUUGAGUCCUCCUGCAAAUUGUCUCCGUAAGAAUGUGCUUCAUCUCACCUCUGUCGUAUAUUGUCCCUCCUUUUGCAUUAUCCUGUUUUAUCCUCUAUUAUCUGCUCUGUCCUAACAGCACAGUCGAUAUAUCUGCCACAUUCACACUGCAAGCCUUAAUGAUAAAUUCUUAUAUACAGAUCAGUUCCGAUUGUUCUGUCUUUUCCCCCCUUUUUUUGUUCACAUACAUUUUUUUUUAUGUGGCCAGCGUCUAAUUCCAAGUCACCCUUUUGAACAGACUUGCAUUUAAAAAUGAACAAUGCCACAGACAUCCAGAUUUAUGCAGAAUAAUAAAAUAAUAAAAUGGACUUCACAUAUGUUCAUCAUGCAGCUUCAGUUACUCUUAUUUGAUUUUAAUUCUCUUAAAUGUAUGUUGACAUCUCUUUUUAGAUGCACUGGUUGUAUUACUUCAUGUUUUUCUUGCACCAAAGCAACAUUUGAAAUAACAAUGUGAUCUAAAUCUUUACUGUCCUGUCCUCCAUUUGUGGUCAAGCACAAAAUUCUGAAUUAAAACCUGCAUGAAUUUUGAUAUGACUGCUUAGACUGAGGUCAAAUAGUCCUUAUUCUGAGUGGUGUCAGAAUAAGGACUAAGUGACCGAAAUUUGAAACAGCUCUUCAAGUGAAAUACAGAUAUUUUUUUAAUUGACUGAUUUAGAUAAGCAUGUAGAUAGUAUUUUUGUUUUAGAUUUCUAAUAUAUAAUGUCUGUGUUUCAUGAAUGUUGCAUAUAAAGUCAAAAUAACAUACAGUGCAUCAAUUGUCAAUUAAGACUCAUCAUUGGAGAUGAUGUAUGGUGUGUUGUAUCAGUGUGUCAGAGUGAGAGAUGAACAGAGAGAUAGAGACAGAGGCGAUGCUCUUCUUUUUUUUUCACAGCAUUUAUUAGCAAACCCAGUGACUGAUGAGAUGUCAAGCAGAAACAGUGCGGCAAGAUGUGCUCUGACCCCCUCUUUUGGCCAUUUCCUCUUAUUACAACAUCAGUACUCCAUGUUGGUAAAAGUUUCUAGGAUUAUUUUUCCAUAAGCCUCAGGAGAAGAAAAGAUGAAUAACCAGGCCUAGACUCAGUAAUGUAAAACAGAUUAUUU